UCCACGAUUUUUAAGCUCAUUCCACAUUUACCAUCGGCGCCGAGUUUAGCAUCUUCUUAUUUUCUAACACAAUCUCCGGGUUUACUGCCACAUAUCUUGAGAAUGACAUCCAUGAUAGAUCUCCCCUCACUGCUGGUUUUCGGGCCGCAGACCGAGUUUCCGUCAGAAGAAUGACUACAAGACUUGCGGCAAGAGCUCAUCAGCAACCCUCGACUAUCCGCUCUCAAGGAUGCAGUGACUGCCUUGCCUCAAUUUUGGCAAAGCCUUGUUGACUUCGAUCCCAGUAUGCGUCAGGUCCCUGGAUCCAAGUAUCUAGGUAAUCUAAGUCAAUGGAUCCAAGAUGGCGGCUCUUUUCCUCACCAUCAACGUGAUUCACCCAAUCACUACGCUCUUCCCGUCACCCUUCUCCUCCAGAUCAGCCAGUAUGCUCGCUACCUUGAACACCUCGGCAACGACUCCCAUCGCCAGGUCCUAGGAAGCGUCCGAUCUGGUGGGAUUCAGGGCUUCUGCGUUGGCCUUCUCAGUGCCAUUGCUGUGGCUAGUCCAAAGAGCGAAGCUGACCUUGGUUCUGCUGCUGCUGUUGGGCUUCGUCUUGCCGUGUGCAUAGGAGCAUAUGUUGACCACGAUGGCAUCUUUUCCCAUGAGCCAAACAAAAACGCAUGCGUGGCUAUCCGCUGGAGGGAAGGUAACGUCGAGGAGAAGACUGAGGUUGGAAACAUCAUUCGAUCGUAUUCGGAGGUAGGUCAGCAGCUUUUCUCCUCCACAGAAAUACUUAUCUGGAGUCUCUAAUUAGUUUUAUCAGGCAUAUAUCUCCAGCAUCAACGACAGCGCAUGUGUGACCGUCACUAUUAGAGCCACCGAUCUGGAUGGCCUGAGCAACAAAGUUCGCGAUCGGGGUUUGCGUGCAAAGACAGUCUAUGUGCAUGGUCGUUUCCACACCGCUGGUCACUCAUAUGCCGUGGAGAAGCUCAUGAAGUU